GCACGGGCCAGUUGUCGCCGAGCCGUUGAAUCGUUCGCUUCGAGCAACGAUUUAUAACGUGUACGUAUAAAAUUCGGAAAACGUCUAGGCGCGCCUAGACGGAAAAUCGUUGAAAAAAAUUCUCUGUCCACGAGCGACAUGGCACCACCGCCAUUGCAAAGGUUCCAAGCAUCUUUGGAUUAUUCCUUGCUCGGUUCGGUCGGUCUAGAUACUCAGCCUGCCUUCGGUCUAGACCCCAACGGUAACUUUGUGGGAAGCGAGGGUACGAGAGCCAAUAUCACUGCGAUUUUGGACGGACAUCAUUGGAAUGUCACGAUCGCCUUGACUGAGAACGGCACAAAUACCAAUUAUACCAAUCGCAUCCAUAUUAAUGAAUUACCCACAGACUUCAGACAAACUCUGAUGAACUUGAGGUUCAGUCUACAACCAAUUGGCAGCAACAACGACACCAAUAAUAACAUCAGCGACAGCAGCAGUGAUAGCAGUAGUAGCGAUAGCAGCAGCAACAGCAGUAGCAGCCGCUUCAGUAGCAGCAGCAGCUUCAGUAGCAAUAGCAGCAGCACUAGUGACACUAGUAGCUUCAGUGGCAACAGUAGCUCCGGCAUCUUCAGUAGAAUGAGCAACAUUGACAGCUUCUUCAGCCGCAGAAGCAGCAGCAGCAGCAACAGCAGCAACAGCAGCAACAGCAGCAGCAGCAGCAGCAGUGGUAGCAGUGUAAGCAGCAUUGAUCAGGUCGGACCCUUGCUCGCGCAUGCCUUGUACAUGAGGCAGCUCGGGAACAAGAAAAAACGAUGCAACCACGGAGAAGGCAGUUUCUGCUCAAAAUGCCACAUUCGCAAGCGUCACACGAGUCGCUGGUGGUACAGACACGGCAGUAAAAAAUAAAUGCGUUUCUUGCCGGAUAAUUUCUCAUCUGAUCGUCGUCCAUCUUCGUCCAGAGAGGUUUUGCUAUUUUUGUAAUUUAUUACAUUGUUGUGAUUUCGCAUUUACCAGCAUUGCGUAAUUUUUUUGUUUAUUUUUUUUUAAUUUAAUUACCAUAUGGCUAUAUUCAACUAGAAUUAUAAAUAGCUAUCGUGUAGGAUUAAUUGUUGUUUAACGAUGCCUGAUUUUUUAUUUAAUUUUUUUUUAGUUAAUCAUACAAAUCAAAUUUUUUAUAUCUUUAUUUUUUUUGUCUUUAGAAUGGAUUUACGUGUAUUAGUUCUUGUUAUUGUCUAACAAUUUGUUAACGUUUCAGAGUAAGUUUGAAAAACCCAAAAACGAACUGUUUAUUUUGCAAAUUGUAAAAUUUCAAAUAAGAUGCAACAUUUUAUAAAAAAAAACAUCUUGACAAGUC